AUGUUGAACGCGUUCGGGCAGAAAGCACAGCAAGUCGCUACGCGAUGGGGACGCACGGCGCAGCGCACGAGCCACGGCAAACCGAGAGACGGGAACCAAACCGGAGGGUCGAUGACGACGGCGGGCGCGGAUGUGGACAUGCGCGAGUCGUAUUCCACCUAUCUCGAGCGAAGCGCGGGGAGUGGGGAUGUCAUGACGGAUGCAUUGCCGGAUAUCGAUCUUUACGAUCACGACAAUCCGCUGUGCGCGACAGAGUACGUCAACGACAUUUACCAAUACUGGUACAAAGUCGAGCCGGAGACGCAGGUGUCCGAGACGUACAUGCUCAUUCAGGGCGACAUCAACAGCAAGAUGCGCGCCAUUCUCAUCGAUUGGCUCGUCGAGGUGCACUUGAAGUUUAAACUCAUGCCUGAGACGCUGUUCUUGACCACAAACUUGAUCGAUCGAUUCCUCGAGUUGAAAACCGUGACGCGCAAAAACUUGCAACUCGUCGGCGUCACCGCGAUGUUGGUGGCGAGCAAGUAUGAAGAGAUCUGGGCGCCGGAGGUGCGCGACUUUGUUUACAUCAGCGAUCGCGCGUACACGCGCCAGCAGAUCCUGGAGAUGGAAAAGCAAAUGUUGAACGCGCUCGGGUUCCACUUGACCGUGCCCACGCCGUACCAGUUCAUGAACCGUUUCUUCAAAGCCGCCGGGGGCGACCGCAAGUUUCAGUUGUACGCCUCGUACGCCGUCGAGUGCGCGUUGCCUGAUUACAACAUGUUGCAAUAUCCGGGUAGCACGUUGGCCGCGGCUGGUGUAUACAUUGCGAUGAGAGGGCUUCGAACGGGGUCGUGGAAUCACGUCAUGGAGGCGCACACACGACUUUCUGAGGCGGAAGUCUACCCGUGCGCGUGCGACAUGGCGGAACUCAUGCGCAAGGCGCCGACGGCUUCGCUCACCGCUGUUUACAAGAAGUAUAGCAGUGAGAAGUUCAUGAAGAUAGCUUCGCUUCCGGUGCCGCACGAUCUUCGACUCUGA